AUGGCAUUCCAACAGCCAACACAACCCCCACUGCAACUAAAUUGGAAAAUCAUAAUUCCCGACUUUCUCUCCUUCAAAAUUUUCUUUUUUCUUUACUCUAUUUUUACUGCCUUUUUACUUUCUCUUUUACCUUCUCUUUUACCUUCUCAUUUUUACCUUUUCUUUUACCUUCUCCCUUUUACGUUUUCUCUAUUUAUCUUCACUUUUACCUUCUCUUUUACCGUCUCCUUUUUACUUUUUCUUUUUGACCCUCUCUUUUACCUUCUCCCUUUUACGUUUUCUCUAUUUAUCUUCUCUUUUACCUUCUCCUUUUUGCCUUUUCUUUUUUUCAUGUUUUGUUUUUUACCUUCUCUUUUACCUUCUCUUUUUUACCUUUUAUUUUACCUUCUCCUUUUUUACUUUCUCUCUUUUACCUUCCUUUUUACCAUUUAUCUUUUGUACAUUAUCUUUUACCUUCUCCAUUUUCCCUUUUCUCUUUUUUAUCUUCGCUUUUACCUUCUCCUUUUUACCUUUUCUCUUUUUCAUGUUUUAUUCUCUCUCGCUAUCUCCUUUAUCUUUCAUUUUCUCCGUUCGCGGAAACUUGCCAAGAAUGCUGAGGAUCCGCCAAAGCGUGAUGAAGAACGCUUUACAGAGAAGUUAAUUUAA